GGCGGCGGCGGCGGCGGAGGAGGAGGGGAAAGAGCCGCUGGCGGUCGCGAGAGCAGCCGCGGGGAGAGGCGAGCCAGCCGGCGACGGUUCUCAUGGAGAACUGGUAUUGAAGAGAGAUCCAUUUAGUGGGAUGUAAUUUAAAAAAUAAAAAAAAGAAUGAAUCAAGAGAAGACCUCUAAAUGCAAGUACCAGAAAAAUUACAACACAUCUCAGUGAAUUUGCCAGUGGAUCAUCUUUCCUUGUGGGUUGGCAGGCAGUUAUAGGACUGCAAAAUGGGUCUUCGGAUUCACUUUGUUGUUGACCCACAUGGUUGGUGCUGCAUGGGUUUGAUUGUCUUUGUCUGGUUAUACAAUAUUGUUAUAAUUCCCAAAAUUGUCCUCUUUCCUCACUAUGAAGAAGGACACAUUCCAGGCAUAUUAAUAAUAAUAUUCUAUGGCAUUGCCAUAUUUUGUCUGGUUGCCUUAGUGAGGGCCUCAAUAACUGAUCCAGGAAGACUCCCUGAGAACCCUAAGAUCCCACAUGGAGAAAGGGAGUUUUGGGAAUUAUGUAACAAGUGUAAUUUGAUGAGACCAAAGCGUUCCCAUCACUGCAGCCGCUGUGGCCACUGUGUGAGGAGAAUGGAUCACCACUGUCCAUGGAUUAACAAUUGUGUUGGUGAAGAUAAUCAUUGGCUUUUUCUGCAGUUGUGUUUCUACACUGAACUUCUUACUUCCUACGCACUGAUGUUUUCUUUCUGCCACUAUUAUUAUUUUCUUCCACUAAAAAAGCGUAAUUUGGAUCUCUUUCUUGUUAGACAUGAAUUGGCCAUAAUGAGACUAGCUGCCUUUAUGGGCAUUACUAUGUUAGUUGGAAUAACUGGACUCUUUUAUACUCAACUAAUUGGCAUCAUCACAGAUACAACAUCUAUUGAAAAGAUGUCAAACUGUUGUGAAGAAAUAUCGAGGCCCCGAAAGCCAUGGCAGCAGACCUUCUCAGAAGUUUUUGGCACUCGUUGGAAGAUCCUGUGGUUCAUUCCUUUCAGGCAGAGGCAACCACUGCGAGUUCCCUACCACUUUGCCAAUCACGUCUAAACAGAUGGAUGGUGGGCACAGAUGGGUCCUCCAUGCUGGAAAUGCGUUACAGGUUUUAUGAUAAUAGAACUAUGACAGUCUUCAAGUCAAUUAAAAUCCACCCACCAAUCUUAGGCAUCAUAAUGUGCCCCAGGCUUUAUUUUAAUAGUGAUCUUGAUCCUGUUGUGGGACUCAUACAAGAUGUAUAUUUAAGUUUUAAAGCAUGUUUACUUUCAAAUUAGCUUUCCACCGGGAUUUCUUUAAAUGCUUUUGUAAUUAAACUCAAAGGCAGUGAUUGGGAUGAAAUAAUUGUACAUAAUUUCUUUUAGUACUGACAAUGUUACAGAUUUUAAUUUAUGGGAAAUUUCAGAUGUUCAUUUAAAAUUUUCACUUUUAAGCAGUACUAACCAAGUCUGAAUUUAAUUCUUCGGGUUUUACAAAAGUUGAUACACCUUCUUACAGUAUGUGUAAAUUUUACUUUUCAAAUACAUUUUAAAAUACUUAAUACUUCCUUUUAUUAUAUGUGCUGCAAGAUUUUUAAAAAUGUAGCAGCAUGGGAGUGACAACAAUAAAAGGGCACUGUUUUCUUAGGAGUAGCUUUCUGAUGUUUUCUUCUUUUCUCUUCACCAAAACCAAAAUUAAAACACUGCUAAAAUAAAACACCAACUACCUACUUUAUUAUAAAGGAAAAAUUAAAAAUUUUUCCACAUUAAUUUUCCCAUUUUUUCUCUUUACUGUUGUAAUUAUUGAUUGUUAUUAGAAUAUUUGUUCCCAGGAGAAUUUGUGACUGGUGGGCAUGUAUUUCUAUUUUACCCUAAGAUGUUAAUGAGCAAAAAGGGUAGAGAAUUUGCAAUAAUUCCACAGUUACCUUUUCUAGUGAAGUUGUAUUAGAAUGCCUAUGUUUUUAAAAUGCUGGUGUAACUAGAUAAUAUAUAAUGUACAGUAUAAAGAGGAAUAUUGUGUUUUGAAAAGAAUAUAUACUUUUUACUUUUAUUUAUCUACUAGUAGAUCUAAAAUUAUACACUGAAGGUUUAUAUAUAAUAGAUAUCGGCCAACUCAUAUUGAAAUUUUUUUUAUAGGAAGCUCCUACAAAAAAUAAGUCACUAACUUUUAUGUACUUAUAAUCACCCAAAUUAAAAUUCAAUUUUAAUUGGCCAGCUAUAAUUUGUAUUGAGAGACCAUUUUAUUAGUAGCUAAUGUUAGAAAAUGACCUUAAAAUAAGAAAAUAUAAUGAUCUAUAUUUAUCAUUAGCCUUAUACAAAUUUAAAUUGCUAAUAGUGAUAUUCUCCUGGAAAGUAUAGAACAUUUGUAUGAAAAGACAUUUAGUAUGCUUUGAAAAAAAAGUCAGCUUUUAAUUUUUUUCCAUUAGAAAACUGCAAAAUCCAUAUAUCCUUGUAAAACAUUUGUGUACUCACAUUCCUUCCCUUGAAGACAAGAUGGAAAGAGUCUACUGUUCUUGAACCAUAUUAAUGUUUUCCUUUUAGUUAGUUUUGAAAGUAAGGAAUCAUACCUGGAAAAUAAUAAAAUGGAAGGUUACUAUUGUCAGCCAAUUGGCUAUAGUGUGGGUAGUUAUUUCAAAAAUUGUAAAUAUCUUAUACAAUAUUCUGAAGUAAUAGAAUAAGCUCUUCUCAGAGAUGUGAAUAUCAUGUUUUUCAUAUUCUAAUUUUAACGCUAAUAUUUAUUACUUAAAAACUUAGAAGUGGCAGAUGAACAUAUUUAUUGGUGCUGAAGGAGACAUAGUAAAUUUAAUAUAAGAAAUAUAUUUAUAAAGCCUAAUGAAACACAAAAUUAGUAUGUUCAUGUCAGGCAAAAGGAUUGGAUUUUGUGCAAGCUAAUUGACCAAAUUUGGCCUGGUGACAGACUGUUAUAACGAAGUAAUGGAUAGAUAAUGUGGGUAGAUAUCAGUUGAAUGCCUUAGGGAUGUAUACAUUCCUUUCAAGUAAGGACCUUGAAAAAACA